UAUUUCUCCCAUUCAAGAGAAGUACUUCUGCAAUCCCAAAGAGUCAUCAAUAAAAUUGAAGAACAUAUAAAAUAAAAUAAAUUAAAGCAAAAGAUGGCUCGCAAGGUUGUCGUGUUUGCUCUCCUCUUCGUCGCCCUUGCUGGGUUGGCUUCGGCCGCCACCGCCCCAAGCAGCUCUCCGUCAUCUUCGCCAUCAUCCUCGCCUUCCUCUGGCCCUGCGGGUGCCCCAGCCGGGUCGCCUGGCCCCACGGCCAGCGCCUCGUCUGGAGCACCCUCAGGAGGCCCCGCGGGGUCUCCUUCAAAUGCCCCUGCUGGAGCCCCGUCCCAUGGCCCUGCCGCGGCUGGAUCACCUUCAGAAGGCCCGGGCCCGGCCGGGGCACCUUCAGAAGGCCCCGCUGCGGGCUCCCCUGAUUCUGCAUCCCCCGCGGGGUCCCCGGAAACGGAUCCUUCAUCACCACCCAGCCCUGACUCCGACUCCGAAGACGUUGACGACAUUUCUGCCGAAGAUGCGCCUGCCGAGGCUCCCUCAGAAGACGACGAGGGCGGCGCUGCCGCUUUGAAGGUCUCCGCAGUUCUCGGAGCUGCCGCCGCCGUUGGGUUCUUCCUGUAAACCAAAAAGACAAUCAUCGGUGCUCGUUCGUUCGACACAGUAGUUGUUUCUUGUUAGACUGCAUUAACGUUUUUGGUACACCUCUUUCAUAUGGAAGGGGAGAACCAAUAUUCAAACAUUACAUUUUAUUCUCGUCACACCAUCUCUAACAUUCAAUUCUAUGUACGUUCGAUGUGAAAUCAAUAUUUGUCUUUUGAGGUACC